AUGAUUGACACAGACAAGCUCAACCCUGCGUACGACCCCCAUUUCGCGCAAUUCCCCUCGCGCAGGUCGACAGUCUUCUCGGCAAAGGGGGCAGUCGCGACAAGCCAGCCGCUUGCUGCCCAGGCCGGCCUGGAGAUUCUCAACAAGGGCGGUAAUGCUGCAACUGCAGCUGCUAUGAACGUUGCCGAGCCGACGUGCACAGGUAUCGGUGGUGACAUCUUCUGUCUGUUCUGGGACGCCAAGACUAAGACUGUCCGCGGCGUGAACGGCUCGGGUCGCGCCCCAAAGGCUCUCACUCUUGACUACCUGCGGAGCCAGGGUAUCAAUGGAGACACUAUUCCCCUCACCAACCUCAACUCUGUGACCUGCCCUGGCGCUGCGGCUGGCUGGUGGAAGACGGUUGAGGAGUUUGGCAGUGGCAAGCUCACGAUGCCCGAGAUCCUCGCUCCUGCUAUCCGGAUGGCCAAGGAAGGAAUCCCAUCCCACGAGCUCAACAGUUCGGCAUGGAAGAACUCAGAGAAGCUUGUCAAGAACGCAAGUCCUGCGUGGCGAGAGAUGAUGAUGCCCGAUGGCAACCCACCGGUCGCCGGCAACAUCAUGACCCACCCCGAAUUGGCUGCAACGUUCGAAGCAGUGGCCAACCAGGGCCCAAAGGGAUUCUACACUGGCCGCAUUGCUGAAGCGAUUGUCGAGCUGGUCCGUUCGGGUGGCGGUGUCUUGACCCUUGAGGACCUUGCCGAGACGACGGCAGAGGUCAUCCAGCCCAUCAAGUAUGACUUCCGCAAGGACGCCAAGGAUGACGGUAUUACCAUGUGGGAGUGCCCACCCAACGGCCAGGGUCUGACUGCGCUUAUCGCGCUGGGUAUUGUCGAGGCAGUUGGGGAGGUGCAUGGCGUCGAUGUGCUUCAGCUGGACUUCAACGGCACGCAGUACCUGCACAUUCUUAUCGAGGCACUCCGUCUCGCGUUUGCGGACACCCAGUACUAUGUUACCGACCCCAAGUUUGAGUUUGUCCCUGUUGACCAGCUCUUGUCAAACGAGUACCUCCAGUCCCGAGCCAAGCUCAUCGACCUCUCCAAGACUGUCGGUGUCGAGCACGGCAACCCCAUUCAUUCCAGCGAUACCAUCUACCUCUCCACGUCUGACCAGGAGGGAAACGCGUGCUCGUUCAUUGCAAGCAACUAUGCGGGCUUCGGCACGGGUGCCAUCCCUACUGGUUGCGGCUUUACGCUCCAGAACCGUGGAUCAGGCUUUACUCUGCGCGAAGGCCACCCCAACAACAUUGCUGGCGGCAAGCGGCCCUACCACACCAUCAUCCCGGCCAUGGCCACGCGCGGCGACGAGUUGGGCCACGUUCAAGUACUCCUCAACACCCUUCGAGGGUUCACUCCCCAGGCCUCGCUCGACGCUCCUCGCUUCUGUAUCUCAUCGGGUCUGCCUGAUGCCGGUACAAAGGGGGCGGCCGACGCCGGUAAUGUCAACUCGGAGAUCUGGUUUGAGGAGGGUAUCGCCCCCGAGGUGAUUGACGAGUUGAAGCGUAUGGGUCACAAAUGUGAGCUCGCCACGGGUUACAACCGCAAGAUUGCCGGCCGUGGACAGGUCAUCCGCGCUGUUCGCGACCCGAGCGGACGUAACGUGUGGGCUGCUGGCAGCGACUUGCGUGGCGACGGCUGUGCUGUGGGUCAGAUAUAG